UGAGGCGCAAUCGCUGACAAGUGCCCUUAGAUCGAGCUUGAACUCCCGGACCAAACAGUGAGCGGGCACAAUAGUGCGUCGCGACGUCCACUCUUCUAGGCCACGGAGGAGGUGUGGUAAGUCGGUGCAAAAAAAGCUAUUUAUAGUUGUUGGUCUGCCGCCUCCGCUGAUGCGUAGCCGAGGCCAUUCCGUUUGCGCAAUACUCUGUCGUGGGUCACAUGUUGCGGGGCGGUAGCGCCUCCUGCAGCAAGGCGUUCGGAUUUCGAGUGCUCUGGUCGGGUGCGUUUCCUCAUCCCUCUCGGUAACCGGGCUAAUUAUGGGCUUACUGUCGGAAAAGGCUCUCUUCUUCUGGGACUGGAGAUGGUUUACCACAGCCUUAGUGUUCCUGCUGUCCUACGUCGUGGUGCGAUUCUAUCGCAAGGUGUCCAAAUACCCGAAAGGCCCUUUACCGUUUCCCGUUGUUGGAAAUCUCCUGGCCCUUCGGAAUACCAACCAGCUCUACAAGAUGGCCGAAGAGUGGGCUCGGCAAUACGGGGACCCGAUCACUCUUUGGAUGGGAGAGAAGCCGAUGGUGGUGCUCAACACGCAGAAAGUGGUCAAGGAAGCGUUCGUCGAAAAGAGGCACGAAUUCGCGGGACGUUUCUCCACAAAAAUGGCUGAACUCCAGAGGCAAGGAAACAACAACAUCGUAAUGGAGGACUACAACCCAACAUGGAAGGCCCUCAGAAAGGUGGCGCUGACUGCAGUCAGGAAAUACGCCGUUAGCGACUCCUUGGAAAAUUUGUGCUGCGAGGUGGUGGACGCUUACGUGGAUUCGCUCAAGGAAGGAUCGAAUAUCGUGGACUCUAAGGCCCCGUUCCUGUACAUGCUCUACAACAUCAUUGGCAUGUCUGUCUACGGAACAAAGUUCGACAAAGAAAGUCCGGAGUUGGCUAAGCUGAAAGAAUUUAAUCAGGAAUUCUUGGAGAGCGCUCCUAAUGGACUCCCGAGUGACAUCGUUCCCUGGUUGGGUGUGCUUUACCGUGGGCGUGAGAAAAAGAUGGAGAUUCUCUUCAGAGAAUUUUUUGAGGUGCUCGAUGUUCUGUACAAGCGAGCUGCGAAAACAUACGUCCCCGGCAAACUCGACAACUUCACUCACUCUAUGUUAGCAGCAAGAGACGAAGCCAUUGAACAAGAAAAAAACGACGCUCAGCACUUGACCGAAGCCAACAUGGUUCAGAUCAUCAUGGACAUUUUCGGAGCCGCUACGGACACUUCAUUGGGGGAGCUACAGUGGCUCUGCCUGACGAUGACCAGGAAGCCGGAGAUACAAGAGAAGAUUAAGAAGGAAAUUGAAGCCAACCUCGGUCAAGCUCGGCCCAGCCUACGAGACAAAGAGAAGCUACCUUACACGCACGCCUGCAUUUUGGAGGCUCUGCGCAGGUACCCUAUAGUUCCUCUCGGACUUCCACAUAACACGACAUGCGACACAUCAGCUGGUGGUCUUUUUAUACCAAAGAACACUGGAGUUCUUUACAACAUCUACGCCGUAAACCACGACACCCAGAUGUGGGCAGACCCCGAGGUCUUCAGGCCGGAACGAUUCCUGGACCCUGUCACGGGCAGGGUGAACCAGGAACUGCUGCCGCAGAUGAUCACUUUCGGUCUGGGUCCCAGGACCUGCCCGGGAGAGAAGUUGGCGCACGCGGACAUGUUCUACGUCCUUGUACGCUUCAUGCAGCGAGUCAGCUGCACUGCCCUGCCGGGGAAAGAAAAGACCGCCAUAGAGGCUCUCGAUUCCAACUUGUUUCUGAUGCCAGCGGAACAAGACAUCGUGUUGACCCGGCUUUACUAACCUUAGAAAACGUAAACCGUAUGUGAUCUAUGUACCUGAAAAAAUGCUUUAACUGCGUGUCUUGUGUGCGUGUUUGUGUUUCUUAUUAACCUAGUUCAAGCCGAAUAAAAACGUGCGAAUUUUGUGUAAUAUAUUGCAAACUGUCGUUCGAAAUAAAUGACACUUGGAAAACC